AUGGCCGAUUGUCGAGAGCAACAUGUGGCUGUGAAAUUUUGUUUCCUGUUGGGGAAAUCAGCCACGGAAACUAUGGUAAUACUUAAGACUGCUUAUGAGGAUGCUGCCCUGAAUAAAACUAGAGUCUGCGAGAGGUUUUCGCGUCUUAAAAAUGGAGAAAUGUCAAUUGAAGACCAACUCCGUUCAGGGCGCCCCGCAACGUCAAGAAGUGACGAAAAUCUUGACAAAAUCAAUGCCCUCAUUCGUAUAUACCGUCCUCAAACCAUUGACCAACUCUGUGAGAUGAGUGGAAUAUCUUGGAGUUUAAUUCAUAGGACUUUAUCCGAAGAUUUGCGCAUGGGAAGAGUUGCAGCCAUAUUUGUCCCUCGCCUUCUCACAGGCGAGCAAAGCAAUCGUCGACUUUAG